CCCGUUCCGUCGCUGCGCUGCGCGCCCCCGCCUCCAGCUCAUUCCGUCCGUCCUCACGUGCUUUCUGUGUAUAAAAGGGUUCCAGUCUCCGCUCAUCAUGUCAGCAGAGUCACCGGACAAGCGACGAAAGAUGGAGUCAGCGCUGAGCCAGCUGAAGAAGCACACCGUGGUGGUGGCGGACACCGGGGACUUUAACGCCAUCGAUGAGUACAAGCCUCAAGAUGCGACCACUAACCCGUCCCUCAUCCUGGCCGCCGCCAAGAUGCCGGCUUACCAGCAGCUGUUGGACCAGGCCAUUAAAUAUGGCAUUGCUAAAGGCGGAACUGAAGAGGAGCAGGUGGCCAACACCAUGGACAAGCUGUUUGUGAGCUUCGGGCUGGAGAUCCUGAAGAAGGUACCUGGCAGAGUCUCCACUGAGGUGGACGCCAGGCUGUCUUUUCAUAAAGAUGAGAUGGUUGCUAAAGCCCUGAAGCUCAUUGCUCUGUACGAGGAAGCUGGCAUCAGCAAGGAGCGCGUUCUCAUCAAGCUGUCGUCAACCUGGGAAGGAAUCCAGGCCGGCAAGGAGCUGGAGGAGAAGCACGGCGUCCACUGCAACAUGACGCUGCUCUUCUCCUUCGCCCAGGCCGUGGCCUGCGCCGAAGCCAAAGUCACGCUCAUCUCGCCCUUCGUGGGCCGCAUCCUCGACUGGUACAAGGAGAAUACGGACCGCAAAAGCUACGAGCCCCAUGAAGACCCAGGCGUUAUCAGCGUGACCAAGAUUUACAACUACUACAAGAAGUUCGGCUACGGCACGGUGGUGAUGGGCGCCUCCUUCAGGAACACGGGGGAAGUGAAGGCGCUGGCCGGCUGCGACCUGCUCACCAUCUCCCCCGGUCUGCUGGCGGAGCUCAGCAGCGACCACAGCAACGUCCCCCAGAUGCUCAGCGCAGAGAAAGCCAAGUCCUGUAAGCUGGAGAAGGUCCACCUGGACGAGAAGUCUUUCCGCUGGGAGCACAACGAGGACCGCAUGGCCGUGGAGAAGCUGUCGGACGGCAUCCGCAAGUUCGCCGCCGACGCCAUCAAGCUGGAGACCAUGAUCAAAGAGAAAAUGCUCAGUGUGAAAAACGGACAGUAGUGGGGAAAGUGUGGCGUCUCCGGCCGUCUGACAGAGGAGCGUUCAGGAGCUGCACUGGAUUUCUACGUACCCCCACCAAGGAGAGAAGCUCCCCUGAAAACACCUCGAGGCCUUUUCCUCCUCCUCCUCUGACCAAACGGGGAGCUCCUUCCUCUCAGGACCGAUGGUUCAUCUGACCAAACUCAUGAUUUGUGCUUCAGCUGGUGUGGGUUGUUCAUGAAAUAUUUAAAUUUGGGCUGGGGGAGAAAACUGCAAAGUAUUGAAGAGAAUAGUUUGAUACUGUAAAGGACCAAGGACACGACCACAGAUUUAUUUUUGUUUUGCCCUCAAAAUCUUGCUCUUUCAAUAAAUAAACUCAUCAGUCUUAACACUUG